UAACCUGCCCGGAGUUGACUUGUGGGGAGCAGACUCGCUUCGCAGGAGUGAGAUAAACUAGCUGGGUAGGAGCAUUUGGGAGAUUUCACCGUGCGUGCGGCUAGCUUGCUAGGGUACCCAUCACCAGUGAGUAACCGCCCCCAUUAGCAGAUUGGGGUACCUUUGCCGCUUGGUAAGUGUGUCAGUGAAAAAAUAAAUAAUAGUGGUGCCAUCGCCGGGGACCGAUUGCGCGAAUGCAGAAGACGGUGGGCCUGGGACGAAUGACUGUUUGACCAGCUCGCAGCAUCCAAGUGCCGUGCCGUGAGAGUAAAACGGGCCGUUUUCCCGGUGCAUUUUCAGUGCAAAAGCAUCUCGGCUCAGGACCGUUACGACUGUCGCGCAUCUCCCGAGCGUGAUGGCUGAUGACCUGUGUGCUGCUCUGGAGAAGCUGAAGCUGGCGUCAGUGGAAAGCGCUCCGGACGGCGUGGAGGGGUGCCUGGACUGCCUGCUCAACGCCCUGGCAAACAACAAUGCAGAGGCCAGUGUACGGAUCCAGGAUUCGGGGAUCCUCCCUCUUUUCUCCGCGCUCCUGAAUCAGCCGACGCCCUGCACCCCCAAAGUCGCCAACAUCAUAGCCGAGGUCGCCAAAAACGAGUCUCUGAGGAGCUCCUGUGUGGGCUCGGGCCUGAUCCCCCCCCUGGUGCAGCUGCUCAACUGCGCAGAUCAGGAGGUGCUGCUGCAGACGGGCCGUGCCCUGGGGAACAUCUGCUACGACAGCCAUGCGCUACAAGCGCAGCUGAUCAGCAUGGGCGUGAUUCCCACUCUCGUGAAGCUGCUGGGGGUUCACUCAGAGAACUCGGCGCUGACGGAGAUGUGCCUGAUCGCCUUCGGCAACCUGGCGGAGCUCGAGUCCAGCAGGGAGCAGUUUGCCUGCACGGGCGUCGCGGAGGAGCUGGUCCGACUGUUCCGGAAGCAGGUGGAGCGCGAGAAGAAGGAGGUCAUCUUCGAGGUCCUGGCCCCGCUGGCCGAGAACGAUGUGAUUAAGCUGCAGUUGGUGGAGGCGGGGCUGGUGGAGUGCCUGCUGGACGUGGUGGACGAGGCGCUGGGGGGGGGCAGGGAGGAGGACCUGGCCGAGCUGAAGACUGCCUCUGACCUGCUGGUGCUGCUGCUGCUGGGAGACGAGUCCAUGCAGAAGCUGUUUGAAGGCGGGCAGGGCAGCGUGUUCCAGAGAGUUCUCUCCUGGGUUCCCUCCAACAGUCACCAGCUUCAGCUGGCAGGGGCGCUGGCCCUCGCCAACUUCGCCCGCAACGACGGUAACUGCAUCCACAUGGUGGACUCGGGCAUCGUACAGAAGCUUCUGGAUCUUCUGGAGAGGCACACGCAGGAGGGCAACGUCACCGUGCAGCACGCCACCCUCAGCGCCCUCAGGAACCUGGCCAUCCCCGUGGUGAAUAAGUGGAAGAUGCUGUCGGCGGGCGUGGCCGACGUGGUGCUGAAGUUCCUCUCCUCGGAGAUGCCGCCGGUGCAGUUCAAACUCCUGGGGACGCUGCGCAUGCUGAUCGACACGCAAGCGGAAGCAGCCGAGCAGCUGGGGACCAAUGUGAAGCUGGUGGACAGGCUGGUGGAGUGGUGCGAGGCCAAAGACCAUGCCGGGGUGAUGGGCGAGUCCAACCGCCUGCUCUCCGCCCUCAUCCGGCACAGCCAAUCAAAGGACGUUGUUCAGGCGGUCAUCCUCGGGGGCGGGGUCAAGCACAUGGUAACCAUGGCGACAAGCGAGCAUGUGAUCAUGCAGAACGAAGCCCUGGUGGCUCUGGGACUGAUCGCUGCGCUGGACCUGGACUCCGCAGUGAAGGAGUUUCAGAACACCUCCCUGGUGCAGAUUCUGCACAGGCUGCUGUCAGACGAGUGCAGCGCCCCAGAGAUAAAGUACAACUCCCUCAUCCUCACCUGCGCUAUGCUGGGGUCAGGUGAGUACAACUCCCUCAUCCUCACCUGCGCUGUGCUGGGGUCAGGUGAGUACAACUCCCCCAUCCUCACCUGCGCUGUGCUGGGGUCAGGUGAGUACAACUCCCCCAUCCUCACCUGCGCUGUGCUGGGGUCAGGUGAGUACAACUCCCCCAUCCUCACCUGCGCUGUGCUGGGGUCAGAUUCUCUGCAUAAGGAGGUGCACGGGCUGACUUUCCGGGAGGUGGUGUCCCGGCUGCGGGGGCACGAGAAUAAGACGGUGGCCCACCAGGCGUCCCUGACGGAGCAGAGGCUGACCGUACAGAGCUAAAGGACCCUCUACCGCCCCCAUCCAGUACCCCCUCUGCCACAGGACGUCCCGCACAGGGGCUGCUGCUCCUGCUCAUACCCACACCUGUUCACACACUCACACACACACACACCUGCUCACACACUCAACGCACACACACCUGCUCACAAACACACGCACACACACGCACACACACCUGCUCACACACUCACACACACACACACCUGCUCACACACUCACACUCACACACACACCACACACACCUGC